AUGUGGCAUAAAUGUUUGUUGUGUAGCCAUGUGAUUAAAGGCGGAAGGAUUAACAGGGUGAAGCAACAUUUGGCUGGACGAAAAGGUGACGGUAGUCCUUGCCCACAAGUUACUCAUGAUAUUCAAGUGAGGUUUAGGGCUUUGCUUGAUGAGUGCUUGAAGAAGGAGUGGGCGAAAGACCCAAUUGAUUAUGAAAAAUUAGAUAACAUUGAUUUUUGGAUUGUAGAAGAAGAUCCACCUGCAGAUAUAGACUAUGAAGAGCUCGAAAAGACUCUUUAUGAGGAGGAGGAGGAGGAGGAGCAAGGAUCAUCAUCAUCUUCCAACAAGCGUCUUCGUGUUGAAGAGGACUUUGAGUAUGAUAUUACUGAUGAAAUUGACUUCGACAUUUCUCAUCUUGUUGAUGCAAUGGAGAUGGAGAUGGAUAGCUUUAUAUUUGAAGAUUGA